GUGCCCCCAAAUCUCACCUUCUCUCACGGGGCACAGCAUCACUAUCUCUCUCUCGGCGCAGCCCACCAUCACUUCCCGCAAUAUUUUCGGUUUUCUUUCAUUUCCUCUAAUUUCUCCGUCAAGAUUCCGAGGAGCCCGGAGAAGAAGACAAUCGGGAGAAACGCGAGAAUCUAGUGCGCGGAGGGGAGAAAAAAGAGGGAUUUUUUCGUGUUCGAGGACCCGGACCGGGAUGAAUGGUCGGAUUUCUUGAAGGUUUUGCAGGUUUCGGAGAUGCAGAGACGAAGGGGGUUUCUGGGUCCUGCUUCAGCUCAAACCCCUAAACCCGGUUCGCAGGAGAGUGAUCCCCAGAUCAACCCUAGAAGACCUCCAUUACUGCCCUCCGAGAAGGACAACAAUGGCGUCGUCAACAACAGCAGCAGUAAUAACCCUAAGAGACUCAAAGGUCGUUUGGUCUCCUCCAGAUACAUGUCCCCUUCUCCUUCGAAUUCAUCUUCCAAUUCAUCCUCCGUGUCUUCCUCUUCCUCCAAGAAUUCCACUCCCAGAAGAUUCCCCUCCCCCUUGCUUUCAAGAAACGCUACAACCCCUCUUUCCUCGUCCGGGCCCAAAAGGUCCGUUUCUGUGGACCGGAGACGGCCGUCCGUUUCCAGGCCGGGAACCCCCGAUCCUGAUCUGAAAGUGGGCGAGAUUUCUGCGGCUGCCAAGCUUCUGGUCACUUCUACUCGGAGUUUAUCAGUUUCCUUCCAAGGGGAAGCCUUUUCUUUGCCGAUCAGCAAGACAAAGGCCGCCCCCACUUCUCCCAGCUACAGUAGUUUUAGGAAGACGACGCCGGAGAGGAGGAGACCCGCCACCCCUGUGAGAGGCAAGCCUGAAGGAGGAGGAGAUCAGGUGGAAAAUUCCAAGCAAAUUGAUCAGCAGAGGUGGCCGGCAAGGUCGCGCCAACCAAUUCCACUGUCUAGGAGUUUGAACUGUGACAAUGCCGAGAGGAACAAGAUCAUUGGAUCUGGCAUUCAGGCACUCCGGCAAUCCAUGAUCGACGAAAGAAGGGCUUCCAGUGAUGAACAUUCAGUCAACAAUGUCCCUUCUGACCGUACUGCGUCUGAUUCGGACAGUGUUUCUUCCGGAAGCACUUCAGGAAUGCAAGAGGGUGGCGGGACCUCCCGCGGACUGCCACGUGGCGUGGCUGUCCCACCUAGGUUCUGGCAAGAAACCAACAGUAGGUUCAGGCGGUUGCAGGAUCCGGGUUCGCCGUUAUCCACAAGUCCCGCCGGGUCAAAGUUGAUCGUGCCCCCCAAACUUAGACCCAUUUCAUCAUCCCCUAUCCGCGGCGGCGGCGGCAGCGCCAUGAGACCGGCUUCUCCGAGUAGGAUGGGUUCGUCUCCAUCAAGGAGGGGAAUGGUUAGCCCAAGCCGUGUGAGAAAUGCUGUUAGUACCAUUAGUAAUAGUUUUGUUGAGACACCUUCGGUUCUUAGUUUUGCUGUGGAUGUCCGGAGGGGGAAGGUGGGGGAAAACCGGAUUGUGGAUGCCCAUUUGUUGCGGCUUCUUUAUAACCGUUACUUGCAAUGGCGCUUUGUAAAUGCUAGGACAGAAGCAGCCUUGUGCGUCCAGACGCACAGUGAAGAGAAAAAUCUUUGGAAUGCUUGGAUAAAAAUCUCAGACUUGCGCGAUAUAGUCACCAAAAAGAGACACAGGUUGCAAUUGCUGAAGCAAAAGUUGAAGCUGGCAUCUAUUCUGAAGGGGCAAGUAUCCUACUUAGAAGGCUGGGCAUCUUUGGAUAAAGACCACUCUGUCGCUUUACGUGGGGCCAUUGAAGCUUUGAAGGGUAGCACUUUACGUCUUCCAGUUCUUGAUGGAGCAAUUGCUGACAGUCAAAGCUUGAAGGAAGCUGUUGGUUCAGCGGUUGAUGUGAUGCAAGCAAUGGUUUCUUCUAUCAGCUCCCUUUUGGCAAAGGUAGAAGAAGUGAACAUUUUGGUAACAGAACUUGCAAAAAUGACUGCAAAGGAGCGGGUUUUACUUGAACAGUGCAAGGAAUUCUUGUCUAUGUUAGCAACAAUGCAGGUAAAGUAUUGUAGUUUGAGAACACACGUAUUACAACAUCACCGUGCAUCAACAGCCACCUGACAAAAGACGGGCCACCCAUCUGUAGAAGAACUGAUAUUCAUUUUGACCACCACCACCACCACCACCCCCCCUGGGACUCAACAACAACAAAAUCUAACCCCAUCAACCCGGUGGCGGCAGUGACACAUCUCAGAGUUGCUUAGGAGUGCGUUCGUUCCGACAAGAUGACUAAAUUUUGGCUUCAGUUUUGGGACACUCUGUCUGUCUCCCCUUCAGCGAAAUAUUCCACAAAAGAUGUGUUUUCCUUCUCUUACCUAAUAUCGGUAUACGUACUCUAACGUAAUCCCUCCCUCCCUCCAUCCAUCAACUGUCUAGCUUAAAGGAGGUGAAAAUUGGUGUAUAUAUAUAUGUAAAGAUUUCUGAAAAGAUUUACUGUAGAAUGUUGCCCUCCAGAGGAUUCCCACUGAUCUGAUUGAGCAUAUUCUUUUGGCAAGUGUUUUAGUGCAGUUUGGGUUAUGCUCAAAAGGGAUUUUU